CCAAAUUGGUUAUCCUUUCCACUUCCUUCUCCUUGAAUAAGAAGCUGUAACUGCAAUUUUGGCCGUAAUGUCAGGACGCGGAAAGCAGGGAGGCAAAGCUCGCGCCAAGGCCAAAUCACGGUCGUCUCGCGCCGGCCUGCAGUUCCCGGUGGGCCGAGUGCACCGGCUGCUGCGCAAGGGCAACUACGCCGAGCGGGUGGGGGCCGGCGCGCCGGUGUACCUGGCGGCGGUGCUGGAGUACCUGACGGCGGAGAUCCUGGAGCUGGCGGGGAACGCGGCCCGAGACAACAAGAAGACGCGCAUCAUCCCUCGCCAUUUGCAGCUAGCCGUGAGAAAUGACGAAGAGCUCAACAAGUUACUUGGGGGUGUCACCAUUGCGCAGGGCGGCGUCCUGCCCAAUAUCCAGGCGGUUUUGUUGCCCAAGAAAACGGAGAGUCACAAGCCUGGCAAGAACAAAUAAUUAGGAAGGUCGAGACCAUCCCCACUAACCCCAAAGGCUCUUUUAAGAGCCACCAAAA